AUGAAUGUAUCAAGUAGCUUGUCAGGAACUGUAGGGUCUCGAGGGAACGCAAACAACCUCUUCUGGGGGUCGACGGAGUGGGCCCUGGCGGUGCUGGCGCUUGCUGGUGGUGAAAGAAAGAUGCUUGCAAAGGGAGGAGAGGGAAAUGCUAAGGCCACUUCACCAAAAAGCGUACUUCUUUAUCUCUGCCAUGGGUUCGACUCCAAGCGUCACUUCUUUGAUUAUCUGAAUGAAUCUUCCCAUGCCAUUGCCAGCGGACCCUGCACACCCCAGAUUGUCCAUUUCAAUGAAAAUUGCCUUCUUCGCAGUCAUUAUGAUUGGCCUACUCACUCUCUUUACGACUGGAGCCUCCGUUCUCCUUGCGUCUCAGCCAGUCCUUGCUGACAAUACCCCCAACCUCCUCAGCCGCCAAGUCAGCGGGUUCGACCCCAGUGGUUUACCCUCUUCUUGCCUGCAAAAACAGUGCAACUCCCUCGUUCAAGAACUCCAGAACUGCACACAACUCACAUGCCUUUGCACCUCUGCAGUCGUUGCCGAUUUACAGUCUUGCUACCAGUGCGCUGUCGCUGCCAACGCCGCCUCAAUCAAUGCGACCACCGCUCAAGAAGCUAUCUCAAGCUUCACUGAUGGGUGUAAGGCUGCCGGUUAUCCCAUUUCUGGCUCAAGUGGCAGCAGUGGCAGCAGCGCCUCAUCGGGAUCUUCAGCCUCUGGUAGCGCCACUGGUGCUGCAUCUUUGACUACCGCAAUUACUGGAUCCAAGAGCAGCGGAACUCUCGUUGGCGUAUCCGUUGGUUUCCUCGGCGCCGUGGUUGGAUUGGCAAUGGCCGGACUUUCCUUCAUGUUGACUUGGUGCAAUACUGACAUCAACGUCUAUGGUCAGGUUAAAAAUGAAACAGUGGGUAAUCUUGCAAAGUACCACAACUAA